UCGGCUCACUUCCUGCUAAAUAGUGCUCCCUAACAACGGACAAAGCUUGAGAGAGCGGAGCCGCGGAAAGACGCAGAAAGAGCCGCGGCGGACGGUCGCUCCUUCGAUGGGUCCCGGUGGACUCCCCGGCUGCAUCGAGUAGGCUGAGCCAGCAGACAUGGCGGCUCGCUCCGCUUCAGAGAUGGAAGACUCCCAGGAGCUGCCGGCCAAGAAGGUGAAGCUGGAGACGGAAGCUUCCCGGGAGAAGGAGUCCAGUCAGGCGGACGGAGACGGGAGUCCGUCCGCGGCGCCGGAGCGGGACGCCUCGUAUCCCGCGCUCUCGGCCGCCCAGCUGAGCUCAGGUGACUCGAACGGCCCAGACGCCCCGAGGCCGCCGGGUGGAGCGGCGGCGGCGCCGCCUCCCUCGUGUGACGACGCCAUCAACUCCUUCGCACACUCAGCGACAAACAACAGCGUGACGUCCGAGUUCCCCCAGCAGGUUUACCAGGGGGGCAGCCCGGCGGUCACCUCCUACACCAGCCCGGUGUCCUUCCCGCCUCUGGCUCAGUCCACGGUGUACUCGGCCUUCCCCCAGACGGGCCAGACCUACGGCCUCCCACCCUUCGGUGCUAUGUGGCCAGGCAUAAAAACUGAGACAGGGCCGCCAGAGGCGCCCUCUGGUGGCCAGCCUGGGUUUCUCAGCUUCAGCUCCACAUAUACCUCAAGCCAGCCCGGCCCGCUGCACUACUCAUACCCCAGCCAAGGCUCCAGCUUCACCACCUCCAGCGUGUACUCCAACCUCCCCCCGGCUACGGCCGUCACCACGGCCUCCACGGCCGCAGCUCACCAGGAGUUCAGCAGCUUCAACUCUCUGGGUCAGACUCAGUUCUCUCAGUACUACGCUCUGCCUCCCAGCUACGUGCCGGCGGGGCUUCCUGCCGCCGACGAGCACGGCGCCAGCGCCGGCGGCGUGGGGGCGACUGGGUACUCUGCCGUGAAGUCGGAGGAGGCCGCCUCUGCUGGCCUGCCCCCUAGAGACGCCUCUCCUCCAGAAAGCCUCCCGGCCGGCGCCGCUCUCCCCGCCGGCGUUCUCCAGCCGGCUGCAGGCAGGGAGCAGGACGAGGUGGGCCGCCGGAACUCGGUGGGCAAAGCCAAAGGGAAGGGCAAGAAGUCUGAGAACUGCCCCCCCGCAGACUCCGACCUGGAGCGGAUCUUCCUCUGGGACCUGGACGAGACCAUCAUCAUCUUCCACUCGCUGCUCACCGGCUCGUACGCGCAGAAGUUCGGCAAGGACCCGGCCACCGUGCUCAACCUGGGCCUGCAGAUGGAGGAGCUGAUCUUCGAGCUGGCCGACACCCACCUCUUCUUCAACGACCUGGAGGAGUGCGACCAGGUGCACGUGGAGGACGUGGCGUCCGAAGACAACGGCCAGGACCUGAGUAACUACAACUUCCUGGCGGACGGCUUCAGCGGCCCCGGGGGGGGCGGGGCCUCCGGGGCCACCACGGGGGUGCAGGGCGGCGUGGAGUGGAUGCGGAAGCUGGCGUUCCGCUACCGCCGGCUAAAAGAGAUCUACAGCGGCUACAAAGGGAACGUGGGCGGCCUGCUGAGCCCCAUGAAGCGGGAGCUGCUGCUGCGGCUGCAGGCGGAGAUCCAGGUGGUGACGGACGCCUGGCUCAACACGGCGCUCAAGUCCCUGCUGCUCAUCCAGUCCAGGGGGAAGUGUAUGAACGUGUUGGUCACCACCACCCAGCUGGUCCCGGCUCUGGCCAAAGUGCUGCUCUACGGUCUGGGAGACGUCUUCCCCAUCGAGAACAUCUACAGCGCCACCAAGAUCGGCAAAGAGAGCUGCUUCGAGAGGAUCGUCUCUCGCUUCGGGAAGAAGGUGACGUACGUGGUGAUCGGAGACGGUCGAGACGAGGAGUUCGCAGCCAAGCAGCACAACAUGCCGUUCUGGAGGAUCUCCACUCACGGUGACCUGGUGUCUCUUCACCAGGCGCUGGAACUGGACUUCUUGUAAGAGGAGCACAAGCUGCUGGAUGUGGCUCGCAAAGAGGAUCAAAGACCCUCCACACACACACACACACACACACACACACACACACACACACACACACACACACACACUCUGUCCUCCACGGCAGCUAACCCGGCGGCGGCUGAAACUGGCACUGACUGGGACUCAGAGGGAGUUUUCUCCGUCCCCUCGGACCCCGGCUGGCCUCACGUCUCCCUUCAGUUUCCGCUCUCGCUCCGUCAGACGGAUCCUCUGAGAUCGACCGAUCGAUCACAUCGAAGCACAUGAGGGGAAAAAAAAACCCCAAACCCACAAAGCUUCCGCCAGCUUCAAGGAUUUACCGUCCCCUCCUCUCUCACGUAGCCAGUUCGCUCUUCAACAGACGGUACCGGGUGGAUUCAGACAGACUGGGUGAUAACCUCUGACCUCUGACCCCUCCCCCGGCCUCCGACCCCUGUGAUGCAGGUCCACUGCAUUCGUUCAUGACCCAGCUCAUCCUGACGCAGCAGGAAUCUUUUACUUGGGCAAACCUGUGUCUCAGUGCUUCCUUUAACGGUAAAGGAAACGAGCUUUAAUCCGUCACACUGAAACUUACCGCAUCAGAACUUCAGAGUAAUCCAGGAAAUCCUGUUUGUUUUAGUCUCAAGGCCACAGCUAUCCCAGAAGCUCUCAGUUUGAGAGACAGAACCAACGGUGAAGCGGUUGCUGGUUUGACGCCGCGUCGACUUCGCUCACACACAAACCACUGGAGGGGAGGAACAACGGCAGUGCAAUACAUCUGUUUCCUCUGGAUUCCUGGGGGGGGGGGGGUCUGGUCAGAGCGAGAUUACGACUGAACAAUACUGAGCCUGAAGAAAACUUUGUAUUCACACACUUGCAGCUUCGACCGUUACGAAUGUGUAUUUCUGUGUCGUUUUGUUUGUUUUUGUGUGACUGUGCAUAUUUAUAUUGUGCCUUUAACCAUCACCUGUAUCCAUCCUCUCAAAGGGAAGCCUGCCUUUCUGUUGUUUGAUAUGCGUAUCGUUGAACUGUUAUAUUAUCCAAAGUGUUUUUUUGGUUUUUCAAAUUCAAUAAGUUUAAAGCUUUCCUUUAACAAGUUUUGUUUUUUUUGUUUUGUUUUUGUUUUCGAUCUGACGGUUCUGUCUGCACUGCAAUCAAACUGGUCUCAUCCAGACUGUCAGAAGUGUUUGGAGCAGCAGGAAGAAGGACAGAGUCCGAACACAACUCGCCGGAGACACAAACCGCAGAAAAUGAGUUUCACUGAAGACUGAGCCGAGUCGCUGCGUUUCGUACAUCGUACGAAGAUUGCCGGGGUUUUAACAGCGACUCCUGCUGGAGUUUGAGUUGUUGGAGCAACGCUCAGUGUUGGCAGAUUCAAGCAACGACCGCCACAGCUGCCACAACUGCGUUCUGUUGGAUCCUUCCUCGGUUCAGCGGUCGUCAAAAGACAGAAAAGCUGCAGGAAACCAGACUGAUGUGCUGAAGAUUAUUUCUUAUUUCUGAGGAGGUUUGAAACGUCUGCAACAAUACCAAAAACCAUUUAAAGAAAGAAGUUUGUUUUUGUUGAGAGAAAUUUUUGACAUUUCUGUGUAGAAGUAUCUGGAAAGUCCUUCACAAGUCCCGCUCGCUUUCUGUCGCAGUUGGCUGUUGAGGCAACGCCGCUAACACUCACUGGGUGGCAGCAGUGAGUCGGUUCCGAACCGGCUAGCUGCAGCCUGGUCCGUCCUGUAAUUCCACUUCCCGCCACAGGAUGGUGCAGUGAGUCCCUGUUCCUGCGGUCAGCAGCGUGUGAGGUGAGGAAAUCCUCCUUUCUCAGAACGUAGUUCUGUUCUGGAUGCUUGUCCAACAUCUCAACACAUUGAGAGUUUUAGACUCACCGCACCAUCUGGUGGUACCGACUGGUAUUACACCCCCGUCUAACUGCUCAGCAGAGUUUCUCCUAAAAUGCUUCACUGACUGAAAAUGAGAGAAACUGCACCCUUUUCAAAACGAUUGUCGGCUUUUUGAAAAGCGGAGUCUGUUUUGAAUGUGUUGCAGUGAAACGCUUCACUUUGCUUCGAGACAAUCACCAAGGCUUUGCUUUUCCUCGAAGGCCGCCUGAAUUCUGGAAAGCUCUCCAUCCCGUCGGUCGGCUCGUUGAAUGUUUGUUUUUCUUCUUGACUUUGUCUUGCAUGCGGUGUCAGAUUUGAAGUGUAGCGCGUGGUCGCGGGAAAAAUGAAGACCAUGCAGAUGUUCAGGGGACUGGAAUCUUCACCUGUUCUCUACCUGGUUCAAUUCUUUCUAAUGCCAAAUGCUGUUCUUUAGGUUUUUCCAAUGCGAUUCAUCUCUGAUUUUUUUUUUUUUGGGGUUGACUUGACCCAGUGUUGAUUCAGUGGCUGUUUGUACCCCCACAGGCGGUUCUCCUGUGUACUCCAGACUCUCAAUACAGUGUAAAUACAUUUUAAGACA